CACAACACACGUCAUGACGCGACAAUCACAAGUUUUACUGUCAUACACUGUCAAGGAGAACAUUUGAUACAAUCCCCAUGUUGUUUUGUUGUUCAUCUCAGAUCCACUGAGCUGGACUCCAACUGGAGCUGGUUUCAGCUGAGAUGUAUGCAGGUCGGAGGAAACGCCAACGCGACGGCCUUCUUCCGCCAGCAUGGCUGCUCCACCAAUGACACGACCGCCAAGUACAACAGCCGCGCGGCACAGAUGUACCGAGAGAAGAUCCGACAGCAAGCCAACACGGCGCUGUCUAAAUAUGGGUCUGACUUGUGGAUUGACCCAUUCAGUGUGAGCAGCCAGCCUGCAGCCCCAGAGAAGAGACAGACAGACUUCUUUGCUGAGCAUACUCAGCCUUCAAACAGCUGGGACGUGACGGUUCCUUCCCUGACAGAACACAAUGGAACCCUCACUCAACUAUUGGAGGACACACCCAAAGCCCCCCACACCGCCAGCACUCAGCUGGAGGAAGGACCAAGCAUUGAGGGACUGAGCACUGAGCAGUCUCCCAAAGUCGCUAUAGAGGACUCCAUGCGUUUGUCGUCAGAUCAACCACAGCUACCCAAAGAUGUGAAGCAAUCCAUCAUUGGGAAAAAGAAGCCCAGCACUACUAAGAAAGGGCUGGGUGCUAAGAAGGGCCUGGGGGCCCAGAAGGUGAGCAGUAAGAGCUUCUCGGAGGUGGAGAAACAGGCCCAGGUAGCUGAGAAGCUGAGAGAGGAGCAAGCAGCUGAUGCUAAGAAACAGGCAGAGGAGUCCAUUGUGGCCUCCAUGCGCCUGGCCUACAAGGAGCUGGAGAUUGACAGGAAGAUGGACAACAAGAAGAUGCAGAACAUGGAGGGUAAGAAGAGAGAGCAGGCUGAGAGACUGGGCAUGGGCUUCGGCAACCGCAGCACCAUAUCUCACUCAGUGAUGUCAGAGAUGCAGGUGAUUGAGCAGGAGACGCCCUUGGGGGCCAAGUCCUCGCCUCGCUCCAAACUGGACAUGUUGGAUGAGCCGGGCUUCUCCUCCGGACCCCCUAAGUACAAGGACAACCCGUUCACGGCGGGCGACGGCUUCGGCUCGCGGUGGGACUCUGAUGGGGGCGUGGCCUCCUUCACCUCCUCCUGGGCCCUGGAGAAGGAGGAGCCUAAAGAGGAGGUGACCAUAUCCAGCAUCCAGCCUAUCGGAGAACGGCCCAGUCGGCGGAAGGCGGAGGUGGCGGCGCCCGUGUCCGAGUCGAGCGAGGCCCGGCAGAAGUUUUCCAACGCCAAGGCCAUCUCUUCCGACAUGUUCUUCGGCCGUGAGAACUACGGCGAGUAUGAGGCUAAGACACGUCUGGAGGGCCUGUCUGGCAACACGUCCAUCAGCUCUGCUGACCUGUUUGGGGACGGGAGUGACCGUGACACAGGGGCAGCAGGUUAUGAGAGUGUGCUGCCGACGGGGCCAGACAUUGCUCAGUUCAAACAGGGGGUGAAGACUGUGGCGGGCAAGAUGGCCGUGCUGGCCAACGGCGUCAUGAACACCAUACAGGAUCGCUAUGGCGCUUACUGAAGAGACCAGGACGACCAACACCCAGCUGCAGGGGGAGAGGGAGCCAUGACGUCAUACUGACAGAGAGUGGAGGGGGGGACAGAGCAAAUCACUACUGACUGGUAUCUGUAGUGAGAGAAGGGAAGAGAGAUUGCAUGAAUGGAGGGGGACCCUACACCCCCCCCCCCCCCAACCCCGUUUCUGUCCAUCCACUUUAUAGAGAGUGAGACAAAGUUUUAUUUUCAGCGAAGAAAGCUCUGGAAGGUGUAAAGUGUUUUUUUUCCUGUUCUAACUAGUCUUGUUUUCUAUACUGUUUUGGUCUCUGAUUUCAACAAAUAUUAAUGAUAUAAAGUAUUCUCUACGAAUGAUAUGAUAACCAA